UACAGUAUGUAAACAUUCACUGGUGCCCUCUAUGGACCAGGUGUAGGCACCAGCUCUGCCAGGAGGGAACUGGGGAGGGACCAGGACUGCAGAGGAAGACCAGAGCAGCUGCGGCUUUCAGGAACAGUCCGCCUGCUGGGGAACAGUCUUCUCGACACACAUGGCACCGUGGCAGAACGAAGCAAAGGCAGGAUGCUUCUCAGGGACCAACACGGGCCACAACCCCCUCAGCCUAAAGGAGGAGAAAUUUGUUUUGGCUCAUGGGUUCAGGGGUUCCCAUCCCUGGUUGACUGACUCCAAAGCAAAACCAUGAUGGCGGAAGGGCUUUGCUCACCAGGAAGCAGAGCACAGGAAGAGCAUCGGCAAGAGAUGUACCCUCCAAAGGCGGGACCCAGGGGCCCACGCCUGGCUGUGAACCCCCGUUCGGUCCUCUGACGGGUGUGAUGCCCUUGUGACCCACUACUGCUGCAGGAACCUGUCAGUCCAGCCAAGUUUCCAGGAAGGCACCUCCAUGGUGACAACGAACUAAACCUGGAAGGAUGACAGGGCGUGAACCAGGCAUGGACACAGGAGAAUUGGUCUCCUGGAAGCAAAAUAGCCAAGGGACGAAUGUCUGCAACAGGAUGCUGUGAUCAGCAGUGCCAAGCUGUUCCUCACAGCCAGAGCAUGGAGGCCCCAGAGGCAAUGGCAGGCGGUGGAGCCUCAGACCUGGCCGGGGCAGUCACUCUGAGACCCCUGGUCCCCAUCACCAGCAGUCUGUGUGUGUGAAGCAUCAGAGCACCGUCAGAAGGGGUGACCUGCUGUACCUACUAGACAGCGCUUCUGGUACAGCCAGAAGAUCACCCUCCAGGGCUAAGAAAGGAGGUGGGGAGACCAGUUAAGAGGCCGUCUGACCACCAUCUUAGUGGGCACGAUGGACACUGAAGCCAGUGCCCAUAAAUAACAUUAGAUGUGGACAGAAUAUUAGACCCGAGAAGAACGUGUCAUGUAGUGCGAAUUCCACACUGUGGAAAUGGAGUCACGGGGGACGGUCAGGGUAGGUGACCUCACCGAGGUGGUAUGGAAACAACCUUGUCUGAGGCCAAGAUGAGCGGGAGGCCAUGGUCUUGUGAUCCGCAGCCCGGUGACUUUUCCGACAGCGGUGCCAAGCCGAGCCCCAGCAUCCCGCUGCAGUUAGUUAGGUAAUGCCUGAGGAGGACUUGAGGCUGACUUGGCCAGCGUUCCCUGUCAGUGUCUCGGAAGUGAGAACAGCCUUGCUGGCCGCAGGGACACUGGAUUGGGCCAGGCUGCCUGGGAGGGAUCUUUCCUGGCUGUCACCUCCGGAGCCUCCCUGCCCUCCGCCUCCCUCUUCUCCGCUGAAAUCUGUCUCCAGCUCCUGCCUGCCGAGUUCCCACUCCUCUGCUGAGUUCGCAAGAGAUGAGUACGAGGAAGAUGGGUUCUGCCAGCCCUACCGAGGGAUCGCCUGCGCCCGGUUCAUUGGCAACCGCACUGUCUACAUGGAGUCUCUGCACAUGCAAGGGGAGAUAGAAAAUCAGAUCACAGCCGCCUUCACCAUGAUCGGCACCUCCAGCCACCUGUCCGACGAGUGCUCACAGUUCGCCAUCCCCUCCCUGUGCCACUAUGCCUUCCCCUACUGUGACGAAACCUCGGCGGCCCCAAAGCCCCGAGACCUGUGCCGCGACGAAUGUGAGAUCCUGGAGAACGUCCUGUGUCAGACGGAGUAUAUCUUCGCGAGGUCCAACCCCAUGAUCCUCAUGCGGCUGAAGCUGCCCAACUGCGAGGACCUCCCGCAGCCUGAGAGCCCAGAGGCUGCACACUGCAUCCGCAUCGGCAUCCCUAUGGCGGACCCCAUCAACAAGAAUCACAAAUGCUACAAUAGCACAGGUGUGGACUACCGGGGGACAGUGAGUGUGACCAAGUCGGGGCGACAGUGCCAGCCGUGGAACUCCCAGUACCCCCACACACACACUUUCACCGCCCUCCGCUUCCCGGAGCUUAACGGAGGCCACUCCUACUGCCGCAACCCUGGGAACCAGAAGGGGGCGCCCUGGUGCUUCACCCUGGAUGAGAACUUCAAGUCAGACCUGUGCGACAUCCCAGCGUGCGACUCGAAGGACUCCAAGGAGAAGAAUAAAAUGGAAAUCCUGUACAUCCUGGUGCCCAGCGUGGCCAUCCCGCUCGCCAUCGCGUUCCUCUUCUUCUUCAUCUGUGUCUGUCGCAAUAACCAGAAGUCAUCGUCACCACCAGUGCAGCGGCAACCCAAGCACGUCCGAGGCCAGAACGUGGAGAUGUCCAUGCUGAGUGCCUAUAAGCCCAAGAGCAAGGCCAAGGAGCUGCCGCUGUCCGCUGUACGUUUCAUGGAGGAGCUGGGGGAGUGUUCCCUUGGGAAGAUCUACAAGGGCCACCUCUACCUCCCCGGCAUGGACCACGCCCAGCUAGUGGCCAUCAAGACCUUGAAAGACUGCAACAGCCCGCAGCAGUGGACAGAGUUCCAGCAGGAAGCCUCGCUGCUGGCCGAGCUGCACCACCCGAACGUCGUGUGCCUGCUGGGCGCCGUCACGCAGGAGCAGCCCGUGUGCCUGCUCUUCGAGUACAUGAACCAGGGGGACCUGCACGAGUUCCUCAUCAUGCGGUCCCCACACUCCGACGUGGGCUGCAGCAGCGACGAGGACGGCACGGUGAAGUCCAGCCUGGACCAUGGGGACUUCCUGCACAUCGCCAUCCAGAUCGCCGCGGGCAUGGAGUACCUGUCCAGCCACUUCUUCGUACACAAGGACCUGGCGGCACGCAACAUCCUCAUUGGGGAGCAGCUGCACGUCAAGAUCUCAGACCUUGGGCUCUCCAGGGAGAUCUACUCCGCGGAUUACUACAGGGUGCAGAGUAAGUCCCUGCUGCCCAUUCGCUGGAUGCCCCCCGAGGCCAUCCUGUACGGCAAAUUCUCCUCCGACUCGGACAUCUGGUCCUUCGGGGUCGUCUUGUGGGAGAUCUUCAGCUUCGGACUGCAGCCCUACUACGGGUUCAGCAACCAGGAAGUGAUCGAGAUGGUGCGCAAGGGGCAGCUCCUGCCCUGCUCCGAGGACUGCCCGCCCCGCAUGUACAGCCUCAUGACCGAGUGCUGGAACGAGAUUCCUUCCCGGAGGCCGAGGUUCAAAGACAUCCACGUCCGCCUGCGGUCCUGGGAGGGGCUGUCCAGUCACACCAGUUCCACCACACCCUCGGGGGGAAAUGCCACCACGCAGACCACCUCCCUCAGUGCCAGCCCGGUGAGCAAUCUCAGCAACCCCAGGUUUCCCAAUUACAUGUUCCCCGGCCAGGGCAUCCCGCAGGGCCAGAUCGCCGGCUUCAUCGGCCCCCCAAUACCUCAGAGCCAGCGCUUCAUCCCCAUCAACGGAUACCCGAUACCUCCCGGCUACGCAGCCUUCCCCGCUGCCCACUACCAGCCGGCUGGUCCCCCCAGGGUGAUCCCGCACUGCCCCCCUCCCAAGAGCCGGUCCCCAAGCAGCGCCAGUGGCUCCACCAGCACCGGCCACGUGACCAGCCUGCCCUCCUCGGGGUCCAAUCAGGAAGCCAACAUCCCCCUCCUGCCGCACAUGUCCCUCCCCAGCCAUCCCGCUGGCGGAAUGGGCAUCACAGUCUUCGGCAACAAAGCUCAGAAGCCCUACAAAAUAGACUCCAAGCAGCCGUCGCUGCUGGGAGACGCCAACAUUCACGGGCACAGUGAGUCGAUGGUCUCCGCGGAGCUGUAAAGGGAGGACUGGUGAAUGUGGUCAGCAGGACACACGAGGAAGCCAGCCGUAGAGGAGAUUUGUAUCCAGAUGUUUUACUGAAUAAGGUUCUCAUCUCGCAGACAUUGCAGCAAGUAUCUUCUGUGAAGUUCAGCCACGUCUCACCGAGCAGACAGAGAGGCCAGGAAGACCCCAAGGGACGGCGCUUCCCGCCCGCGCCCUGGGGUUGGGACCCGGGGUUUCCGUCCAGUACCGGAAACUUCACACCAGCGAGGAGGAAGCAAGCCGCAAACCGAGCAGAGUCGCGGUGCCUCGCCUGUGCCUCCCCAUCCUGCUCCCGGCCUACCGAGUCUGCUGUGCUUCGUCUUCCUGAUGCCCCGCUCAGGACCAGCGCCGGGGAGCGAGCGUGAUGCAGUCUACACUCGGCUCAUGUUUGUAUGCAGGCAAGGUUCAGAAGCCGUUCUGGAAACAGCAAACCAAAUUUGAAAUCCUGGGUGGAAAUGAGCCAUAGAGCGAGGUUCCCAUGCCCCCGAGCCUCCUCAUAUCAGGGCUUCUUGGGGGAGGGGGGGCUCAGCGUGUGCCUCUCUAGGGACCUCCUAUUCGGAUGUGAUGGCCUUCCCACGUUGUGCUUGUCACUAUGUGUUUACACAAGCCCUUGAACGGCGCAGGGCAUAGGACCCAAACACUACUGGAGCUGGGUGCUGGAAUUGAUUGUUGAUUGACCUCAUGUUGCUGCGUAAGUGAUGAGGCAGCAGGAGAGGCACAGUCAGCAAAAUGGUCCUUCAGCCCAGUCAGGUGUCCCUGGGACAGGACCCAGGGUCCCCAGGGUGUCAGCCCCCAGGUGCUUCCCGGAGUGGUGACACUGAGGCAGAGGCAGCUGCGAAUGAGGACAGAUGUGCAGCUGUGAUGACAAGAGCUCCAGGUGUCGGGGGACUAUCCAUUGUCCCCAACAGCAGGAGCCCAGCGAGAGCAUCAGUAAUCAGGGCCGGGCUCUCGCCUUCCUUAUUCUGUGCUAGAACAGUUCAGAAAUUGCAUUCCAGCCCCACGAUUCAUCGCGAUUUACAUGCAGUUAGUCGGAACCCAAAGCCAGUGUAGCCUCCUGUGCAGGGCUCUGCCAAAUACUUUCUGGGUUCUCAUGUCCAAGGCUACCAAGAACUGGACUCCCGUGCUCUCUCAGCGUCACCAGCAGCCUCCUUCUCGCCCUCCUCAGAGGGAGGCGUCACAUGCGCCUCUCGGGCAUCUACCUGCCAGCAUCUUUGGCCAAGUUUAGAAUUCUGCUGGGUUUCAAGUUCUAUAUAGAAAGAACUUUUAUAUGUGACUUCUCUCUGGUUAAAGAAAAUAACUCCUUUAUUCCAAGAACAGUGUCUCCGGGUCUCGUUUUUAUUUUAAAGCUGUAAGAGACUGAAAGAGACGGAAUGCGAAGGAAUUCCUGGGUGUACAUUGUGAGCAGAACAUGAGAGAAUUAGAAAGACCUUCAUGGUCUAGUUGUAAAAAUACAGUUAACGCACACACAAGUCAGGGCAAUCCGGUUACCAAAAUGUGUUGCAAUUUUCCCAAGCCUGAGUCUUCAAACAACAAAUGCAGACUUAUAGGUAUGGUGAACUCGCAAAUUGGCUGAUUUCCUGGGGAUAAAUUGAGACGUAGUGUUGUAGGGCAAGUAAGCUGAUUCAGACGCUAUAUUAACUUUAGGUAAAGGAGAAUAUUUGAAUCCUUUGUUGCUAUGCAACUGUUUAAUGAUGAAGCUUCAAACCACAAUUUAUCAUAUGACAAUCAAUCGUUUUCCAAGAAUAUUUAUUGUUUGAAGUAAACACAACUUCAGUGAACCUGAGUUUUUCUAAGGAGUCCCUUAAAGGGAAAUUAGCAUUCCAUGAGCUAGUAAAAUACUUCUCUGGAAAAACAUUCUCAUGAUUAAAAAAAUAAAUUCAAGUUAGUUUUUUAUAAAGAACUACGAUGUUUAUUUUUAAACAGUUUGUAAUAACAGAUCAUUAAGGUAAGCAAACUAAAUUUCAAAACCACUUAUAAUAAUGUAUUUUCUAACAGCACUGUGAUAUUGCAAAACACAGUCCCUUUGUAUUAAAUAGUAUUUUUUUCACAGACUGAAAAAAUAUCUUUUGCCUUAUUGACAAUGUUUUGUAAGAUGACUUUAUUUUUCAGAUUCUUUUUUUUUUGCACAAAACUAUGUUUAUGGUUUGUAUCACAGAAGUGAAAAUAUAUCUCUGCAUUUUUAUAUCUGGUCUGUUUCCUGGUUUCCUUUGUCUCUAACUCAGUAGGUUUUCUUCAAGUAUAUAAGGACCGUAAUUAGAUAGCUCACCUUGCUAUAUCUUCCCUUUAUUUUCACUGCAUGCACAUAAUCACUAUAUUACUUAAGUUUAAUUUGUUAUUCUGGGCAUUUCAAGAGGACAAGCUUGGAACUGUACUGACAAGGAGCCUGUUUUAUGUAGAGGAGAUACGCAUUUGUAUUUCACACCCAGAAAUGAUAUUAAACACUGAUUAUUUUAUGCUGCUGUUUAUUAAAAAUCUUUACUAUAAAACAUCA